GUGUGUGUACGUGUGUGUGUGUACGUUGAACUUAAUCGGCAGCGUACGUAGCCAACCGCGCUGAUUUGAGGAGGUGCGAGGUGCGGACGGCAAGCUCCGUCGUCACGCGCACGUCGCCAGCUGUUUGACGUCCGUCGCCUGCUGCGCAGAAUCACGCACUCAACCGCGGGGGAGUGCAGAGUGGGUGGGUGGAGAGCGAGAGGCCCCGCGUAUUGAACAUAAAAAGGUGUAGGGGGGGCGUCUGAAAUCGUAUUUAGAAACCGUGGGUCGUGUCCCUCGCCCACCCCACCCGCCCCCAUUCACUCCACUACCCCCUCCUCUGCGCCGAGCCCAGCCGACGGGAUUAUGAUGAUGAUGAAGCCACGUGUGGGUCAUGCCUCGCGCACGCCGACGCCUCGUUCCCGUCUCAGCCUGUUGCGGGAGUGAACUUAUUGUCACUUACACCCGGUCCAUCACGCCGCCUACGUCGUCACGUCAUCGCGACCCAACACCACCGCCACCACCAUCAUCAUCGUGUUAGUGGUCGUCGUCUUCACCAUUGAACUUUCCACCAGUGGGGAGAGAAAAUGAGGACUCGCGCGGUUCGAUGCGCGCACCAUCACAACAUCGCGAUCAUCACCGUCGUCGCUGCUGCUGCUGUCAGCCCUGCAACGUCCCGCUGCAGGAAGACACAAAGCGUCCCGCAAUUCCAUCUCGAAGUUACCUUUGUCCACGCAGCGAAGUUGCGCCUCUGAAUUUUCAUCACCACCUUCGGUAUCAUUAUUUUUUUUUAGCUGCUCUGAUUUCAUCAUCGCCAUUAUCAUCGUACCGCCAUAUCAUCGUCCGAGUUAUCAAAUCGUAAUCAUCACCACUGAGCUCCUAGCCUCGUAUCAUCAUCCGCAUUAUUGUAGAUCUCAUUAUCAGUUAGCUGUGAGUUUGAGUUCGUCAUCAUGAUGAUGAUCGUCGUCAUCAUAGUUCUCUCGUGAUUAGCGCGCUGCUUUGGAAGUCACGGUUUACCCGGGUCCCACCCACCCCACUCCACUCAUCGUAUGGCCGCGUGGGCGUCAUGGGGCAGCCCAUCUGCCGCCUCGACCUGCCGGCGCAACAGCAAGCUGGAGAGCUUCCUGGAGCGCUCGCUGCGCUGGGGCCACUGUGAGAGGGUGCGCGCCUACGAGCCGUGCGUGGUGGGGCGGCGCUACCGCUUCGUGGUGCUCACCGACAGCGCCCUGCUCGUCAUGGACAACCCCCCGCGCUCGCUAGGGCAGCUGGUGGAGCUCAGGGACGUGACCCACGUGCGCCUGGUGAAUGAUUUUCCCGAGUUCCUGAGCGGCGCCGACCGCGAGAACGCGCAGCACAUCGUCGUCACGCACCGUCGCGCCGACACCGGCGAACCCGCCGGGCCACGGCGGCACCGCAGCCGGCGCCGGCCAGCGCAGACGACAGCCGGAGCGAGCGGCGACGAAGGCCGCCGCUCGCCAGACCCCAGCCGGACUCCACCGCCCGUCUCACCGGCCCACGCCAACGGCAACCUCAAGACUCCGAGUCCAGCCGCAGCUCCCGGCUUCCGUCCGCUACCAAAGCUGCCGGACUCCUGCGUGCCCUCGGCGGGGACGGCCGCUUGGGGUUGCGCCACCGCUCGGCCGACGCUCGACCCUCCGACCGCCCGCGCUCGCUCUCCCAGCGGGCGCUCCCCGGCGCAGGCAGCGGCGCGGGAGUCUUUGGACUCCUCUCGGGACUCGCGGCACCGCGGCGACGGCUCGCCGGUGGCCUCCACUCUGAGGUGCGGCGUCAAAGUUCGAGAGCCGCGGGGCCGGAAGGACGGCGGCGGCGGCGGCGGCAGCGGCGGCGAGGAAGGCGAGGAGGGCGGCGGAUCGCCGGCCGAUACGGUGGAGCUGCACGUCUACAUCGUGUCAUCGUCGUCCCCUUUCGUGCUGCACCUCAAGAGCACGCUGGACAACUUCCUGAUCAGAGCAACUCUGCAGUUCAAACCCGAGUUCGAUGUCAAAUGCUCAGCUCGGCUGCUUGAGCAAAGCACGUGCAGGAGCGCCGAGGAGGCACGCGUGCUGUUCGGGCGGCUCUCCGCGGCGCUGCGGCACGAGGAGGCGUCCCCGGAGGAGACGGCCGCCAGCCUGCGGGCCCUGUGCCUCGGCGCUCACCGCUGCUUCACCGUCAAGGCGCUCUUCUGGAGGUCUGAGAGCCUCUUCCCCUUCCUGGCGUCCACCGUGCAGCGUCUCGUGAUCGCCGCUCGCUCCUCGCCCUGCGCUUACCGCGCCGACCACAUCAGUCUCAGCGUCGUGGUGCUCAAGACGCUCGCCGCCAUGUUCAGGGAGACAGAGACGGUGCCCUGGCGCACAUCCACCCUGCUCGCCGACGGCGGCCAGGCGCUGUCGGAUCUGCUGGCGGUGCUGACCUCUGACCUCACGACCCCGUUGACCCCGACGGAUGGAGAAGGGCCGCGGCUACCCUCGCCGUCGACGCCGCCGCCGCGCUGCCUUCAAGAGCGGAGACUCGUGGCGGCUUACACGGAGGCUGCCACGGCGCUGCUCUACGAGGUGGUGGUGGCGGCCCGGCAGGCCGAAUGGAAUUCCGGCGCUGCCAGGCCCCCCCUCACGAUCGCGUGGGUCGUCUCCACGCUCGAGGGGCUUCCGGCCACGGAGACGUUCGUGGCGGCCGCGAUGAGCCGAGCGACGCGGGCCCUGGCGCGGCCCACAAACGCGGCCGCGACGCCACCGGAGUCGGCGAACCCGGCCGGGCCGGGGCCGUCACCCACGAGCGGCGCUCGCGUCGACCCGGAGCCCCCAGACCCCCCGUGGCCGUCGCUCCCAUCGUCCUCGUCGGCCGCCGCCGCCGUAGUCGGCCUCUCCCGUCGACGGGACAAUCCGAGCCCCGUGUGGCUGCGGCCUAAGACGUCGCUGCUCCGCCGGUCGAUGGGGGCCCUGUUGCGCAAGUGGGCACCGCCUAAGGGAGACGGGAUCGGUGCCGCCGGAGGGCCGGGAGGAAGUCGGGGGGGGGCGACUCGGCCGUCCGUGCCGGCGCCGGGGGAGGGCCUCUCGCCGCGCCAGGCGCUGCUGGUGCUGCGGCUGUUCCGCGUGGUGGAGGCACUGGUGCGGCGCAGCGCGCGCUGGAGGGAGCGCGUCGCGAGGGACCACGCGCAGGAGUUCAGGUUCUACCUCCACCCUCUGGCCGUGGAGCAGCGUCUGCCCGCGGAGCUGCCGAUCAGGAGCCUCGUAGCCAGCGCCGUCAGGGACGUACACUCCUUUCUGUUCCCUGAACUGGCGUGACAAGCGGUGCACGCGGGCCCCGGGACUCAGAGUGACUGGGACUCGGAGCACCUAGGACUCGGAACACCUGAGACUCGGAGUGACUGGGACUCAGAGUGACUGGGAAUCAGAGUGACUGGGACUCGGAGUGACUGGGACUCGGAGCACCUAGGACUCGGAACACCUGAGACUCGGAGUGACUGGGACUCAGAGUGACUGGGAAUCAGAGUGACUGGGAAUCAGAGUGACUGGGACUCGGAGUGAAUGGGACUCGGAGUGACUGGGACUCGGAGUGACUGGGACUCAGAGUGACUGGGACUCGGAGUGACUGGGACUCGGAGUGACUGGGACUCGGAGCACCUAGGACUCGGAACACCUGAGACUCGGAGUGACUGGGAAUCAGAAUGACUGGGAAUCAGAGUGACUGGGACUCGGAGUGAAUGGGACUCGGAGUGACUGGGACUCGGAGCACCUAGGACUCGGAACACCUGAGACUCGGAGUGACUGGGAAUCAGAGUGACUGGGAAUCAGAGUGACUAGGACUCAGAGUGACUGGGAAUCAGAGUGACUGGGACUCGGAGUGACUGGGACUUGGAGUGACUGGGACUCGGAGUGAUUGGGACUCGGAGCACCUAGGACUCGGAACACCUGAGACUCGGAUUGACUGGGACUCAGAGUGACUGGGAAUCAGAGUGAUUGGGACUCGGAGUGACUGGGAAUCAGAGUGACUGGGACUUGGAGUGACUGGGACUCGGAGUGACUGGGACUCAGAGUGACUGGGACUCGGAGUGACUGGGACUCGGAGUGACUGGGACUCAGAGCACCUAGGACUCGGAACACCUGAGAUUCGGAGUCACUGGGAAUCAGAGUGACUGGGAAUCAGAGUGAUUGGGAUUCGGAGUGACUGGGACUCGGAGUGACUGGGACUGGGAGUGACUGGGACUCGGAGUGACUGGGACUCGGAGCACCUUGGACUCGGAACACCUGAGAUUCGGAGUCACUGGGGAUCAGAGUGACUGGGAAUCAGAGUGACUGGGACUCGGAGUGACUGGGACUGGGAGUGACUGGGACUCGAAACAUCUGGGACUCACAGCACCUGGGACUCACAGCACCUGGGACUCACAGCAAUCGGGAGUCAGAACAUCUGGGAUUUAGCUGUAUGCAAGUUUUGUAAUGUACACACAUAAUGUAUUUUUUCUAAGAGCGACUAUUGCUAUAAGUGGAUGGUAGGGGCUGUGUUGUAUAUAAUAUUGUUGAACUUUGUUCAAAUGUAAUUUUGGUACACGAU